AUGGGUAAAGCCAAGUCGUCAAAGCAGGGCGGCGCGAAGGGCCCCUAUGACCGCCCGAGCAAAAGUCCCGCCGCCAACAAUGUUUUCAAGUUCAGCAAGGAUUUUGGCCAACAUAUCCUCAAGAACCCCGGUAUUGCAGAGGCCAUAGUGCAAAAGGCGUAUCUUAAACCUCAGGAUGUAGUCCUCGAGGUUGGGCCCGGUACUGGAAACUUGACUGUCAAGAUCCUAGAGCAAGCCCGAAAGGUUAUCGCCGUGGAGAUGGAUCCGCGUAUGGCGGCUGAGACUACCAAGAGAGUCCAGGGGAAGCCUGAAGCGAAACGCCUCGAAGUCAUCCUUGGAGACGUCAUCAAACAAGAUCCCCUGCCGCAGUUCGACAUCUCCUCGCCUUUGGUCUUCAAACUCCUCAGCCUUCCGACUGCUCGCCCUGGAGAUGCCUUGUACUGCCGCCUGUCAGUAAAUGCCCAGUUCUGGGCCCGAAUCACGCAUGUUCUUAAAGUAGGCAGAGCCAACUUCCGUCCUCCUCCGCAGGUCGACUCUAGUGUUGUGAGAAUCGAGCCAAAGACUGGAAGCGAGAGACCGAACAUCAGCUUUGAAGAGUGGGAUGGCAUGCUGCGCAUCUGCUUUGGACGCAAGAACCGGACUCUCAGAGCUUCUUGGCUCGGCAAAGAAGUUCUGUCUAUGCUGGAGCGAAACUACCGCCUGUACUGCGCACAACACGACAUAGUGCUGGACGACAGCAUCAUUGAUGACCAGGAGGAUGACGGAGAUGAUAUGGAGGUCGAUGACAACGUGGCACCAGGUGCCGGAGACGAAGCAGAGGAAUGGGGCGGCUUCAUGGACGUCGAUGGCGCCGCGAACGACACGCCCUCCUUCUUCUCCGAGCUGAAGAAAGCGGGCAGCGAGGUCCCAAAGACCAAGAGCAAACGGAGCAAGACCCGAGUCGCCCUUCUCAUCAAGACAAAGGUUCUCAAGGUGCUCGAGGAUCUCGACCUCGCGGACAAGAGAAGUGGGAAGUGCGAUGAGAACGACUUCCUUCGACUACUGGCGGCAUUCAACGCGGAGUCAUUGCACUUCUCUUAG